GAACAGUAAGGAGAGCAGAACAAACCCCUAACAGGAGGAGACUCACUCAUGGCCUAUGAGACAGAGGAUCAUGAGACUCAAUACUGCUUUCCUGCCAUCAACUCUUCAUGUAUCAAGGGAAAACGCUCCAAACAUGAAUAUAAUAUCAUGUAUGUGUUUUUUUCAUUGCUGUCAGCAUGGACUGUGUUUCUGAAUCUGCUGGUGAUCAUCUCCAUCUCUCACUUCAAGAAGCUUCACACUCCAACCAACCUGAUCAUUCUCUCUCUGGCUGUGGCCGAUCUGUUUGUUGGACUUAUUGCUAUGCCUGUGGACGCUAUUAAACUGAUUGAAACAUGCUGGUACUUUGGACACACUUUCUGUAGGUUGUUUUUAAUCAUAAUGGGGCUGCUCCUCUCAACAUCUCUCUCUAAUUUAGUUUUAAUUGCUGUUGAUCGUUAUGUUGCUGUGUGUCACCCUUUACUGUACCCCAAGAAAAUAACUACAACUAAAAUGUUAAUUAGUAUUUGUGUCUGUUGGUUUUGCUCCUCAACCUACAAUAUUGUUAGUCUGAGCUAUGGAUCUGUUGACAUGUCACACAGAUCAGAUGCAUGUUAUGGAGAGUGUCCCCUUGUACUGGAUUUUGCUUUGGGAGUUACUGAUCUAUUUAUUUCAUUCUUGAUUCCUUGUACCCUGAUAAUUACUUUAUAUGUUAGGAUUUUUUAUAUUGUACAUAAGCAAGUAAAAGUUAUAAACUCUCUGAUGAAGAGUGGUAAAUGUGAAAUGGAAGGUUCAGUGAAGAGGAAAUCUGAGAGUAAAGCUGCUCUGACAUUAGGGAUCAUUGUCACAGUUUAUCUGCUUUGCUGGAUUCCUUAUUAUGUACUGUGUCUAACAGAAAGCAGUGUGUCAUCUGCAUCAAAUUUUCUAACAUGGUGCUUGUAUAUAAAUUCAUGUCUAAAUCCUAAUAUCUAUGCUUUAUUUUAUCCCUGGUUCAGAACAUCAGUUAAACACAUAUUAACACUUCAAAUAUUUAAGCCAGCAUCCUCUCUGGUCAAUGUUUUGACUGAUCAUAACUCAUAG